AUGUUACUACCUGGGAGGAAUAGCUGGGCACAAGAAAUCUGCUCCGACGACAACGAAGAGCGCGCGUUGGUCGUCGCCACAAUGAACACGAUGUCGCAUGUUUUUCAGGCGUGGUUGCCGCAAAUUGUCUGGCAGCAGGUCGACGCUCCAAAGUAUCGAAGCGGGUUUAUCUGCUGUGCAGCUAUGGCGGUUGGAUUGCUUUGUAUGGUUGGUGUUGUGAGGUGGAAGCACAAUGGGACAGGGCACGGUGACAAAAGUUCGGUCAUGGUUGAUGGUCUUGAUAGGGAGACGGGAAAUGCCGACAAAAGUGCGCAGUGA